AUGAAGAUUCUUUCGCUCGAAGAGGUCGCUAAACAUAAUACCAAAGAUGAUAUCUGGAUCAUUAUCCACGGAAAGGUGUACGAUCUUACGCAAUUCUUGCCCGAACAUCCCGGCGGUCAAAAAAUUAUUUUGAGAUAUGCAGGUCAAGAUGCUACUGCUGCAUUUGAUCCCAUCCAUCCUAUCGACAUUAUUGCCAAAUACCUUCCACCGGAGGUGUGCAUGGGCGCUGUGGAUGAAGCUGCGUUGGCCAACGUUGAAAAGGUUGAAACCGAAGAGGACAAACGUAUCCGAUUGGCACGAGAAAAUAUGCCCCGGUUGGAAGAAAUGUACAACACGUAUGAUUUUGAAACCGUAGCGAAGCAGGUUCUUCGUGGAGAUGCAUGGGCAUACUACUCUUCAGGUGCGGAUGACGAAAUCUCGGUUCGUGAGAAUCACAAUGCUUUCCAUCGCAUCUGGUUGCGACCUCGUGUCAUGGUGGAUGUGGCCAAGGUGGACAUGUCCACCACCAUGCUCGGCACUCGUGUGUCCAUGCCCUUGUACAUCACGGCUACAGCUCUGGGAAAACUCGGUCAUCCCGACGGUGAAAAAGUGUUGACGCGCGCUGCAGGAAAGAAAAACAUCAUCCAAAUGAUUCCUACGCUUGCAUCUUGCUCAUUUGAUGAAAUUGUGGAUGCUAAGCUUCCCGAUCAAACCCAGUGGCUUCAGUUGUAUGUCAACUCGGACCGCAACGUUACCAAGAAAAUUGUCACCUAUGCCGAAUCACGAGGUGUGAAGGGUCUUUUCAUCACCGCCGAUGCUCCCCAACUCGGUCGUCGUGAAAAGGAUAUGCGUCAAAAGUAUUCUCAAGAAGCUCCCGAUGAGUUGUCGGAUAGCGAUAUUCCUCGCAACGAAGGUGCUGCUCGCGCUAUCAGCACAUUUAUUGAUCCUUCGCUUAGCUGGGCUGAUAUUCCGUGGUUCCGCAGUAUUACAAAGAUGCCUAUUAUUAUCAAGGGUAUUCAGACGGCUGAGGAUGCAGUGAUUGCUGCCAAGUGCGGUUGUCAAGGUGUUGUCCUGUCUAACCACGGUGGUCGCCAGUUGGACUUUGCACCUUCGUCCAUUGAAAUUCUUGCUGAAGUGAUGGAAGCGUUGAAGAAGGAAGGUUUAGAUCAAGGUUUCGAGGUAUAUAUUGACGGUGGUAUCAAGCGUGGCAGUGACAUUUUCAAGGCGCUGGCUCUCGGUGCCAAGGGUGUCGGUAUUGGUCGACCUGCAUUAGUAAGUCAUUUUUGA